AUUCAGUCCCAACGGCUGCAAACCACGAUGGCCGAACUUUCCACUCCGAGUCGACACGAAAAGAGCUUGGGACUCCUUACGACAAAGUUUGUUUCACUACUGCAAGAAGCCAAAGAUGGAGUCCUCGAUCUGAAAGUGGCUGCUGAUACUCUUGCUGUGCGACAGAAGAGAAGAAUCUAUGACAUAACUAAUGUAUUGGAAGGAAUUGGUUUGAUAGAGAAAAAAUCUAAAAACAGUAUACAGUGGAAAGGAUCAUGUCCGGGAUAUCCGACAGUAGAUGGUGUUCCAAAUACUCCAGAGAGAGGGUCACGUGAAAUUGCAGACAGACUAGGGGUUUUAAAAGAUGAAAUAGCUGAGCUAGAACAGCAAGAGGCAGAAUUAGACCAGCACAAGAUAUGGGUUCAACAGAGUAUAAAGAAUGUCACUGACGAAGUCACAAAUACAAAGCUAGCUUAUGUAACACAUGAAGACAUCUGUAAGUGUUUUAAAGGAGAUACAUUACUAGCUAUCCAAGCCCCUUCAGGAACGCAAUUGGAGGUUCCCAUACCGGAAAUUGGUCCUGGGUUUAAGAAAAACUAUCAAAUACAUCUAAAAAGCCAGUCCGGACCAAUUCAUGUAUUACUGGUCAACAAAGAUACAGAAAACACAAGUCCUGUUGUGGUUCAAGUGCCGCCCCCGAAAGAAGACCCAGUCGCAAACCUGGUUGCUCAGAACCAAAAUGUAGACCCUAACCAGUCCGCAGUCUCUGGCAAGGGAAAAUCAUUACAAAAGCGAUCGCCUGUAAAAUCCCCCCUUCGACAGUCACAGCCAGUGGUAGACGUGACUGCACCUACUACACGAAUGGCAACGAGAUCGUCACCACGCAAAUCUGGAAUAGGACAACCUAUAGGUACACUUGCUUCCACAUCUGCGGCAGUACUACAGGCACCAUCCAUGGACACGCCCCCUAGUGAUAUCCUCCUCGACCCUUACCGCUCAGACCUAGGUAAACACACUUUCGGUGAUAUGGAAGGUGACCUGAUAGAGGAGCUGAUGUCUUCUGAAGCCUUUGCACCACUGUUGAGGUUAAGCCCGCCCCCAAGUGAUCGAGAUUACUACUUCAACCUUGACGACAGUGAAGGAGCGUGUGACCUUUUUGAUGUGCCCUUGUUAACAAUGUGAUAGAGCUUGAGAUACCAUCUACCUCAUUGUGCCUUCGUUGUUUAAACAGACAAUACGAUGGUCUGACGGGGUUGUCCAGCAAACCUGGGUCAUUUCUACACACAAAACUGCCUUGUGUUUCAAUACACAGAAGGUAGCUUGUCUUUGUUGGUCAAACCAGUCUCAUGUGAAAUGGCUAGGAAAACAACCCCGGUAAACUUUGGCACACCUUGGCCCUAUAAGAUGUGGGGACACUGGCCUUGUAGUGAUAAAUUAGUUUUGACACACGGCCCUAAACAAUGAGGUAUGUAGUACCACAUUACGGAAACUUUAGUGCUAGAACCUGUUACACUACCAGAGAAGUGAUCACUAACUGAACUACUGCCAAUUAUCGUCAUCACUUUCAUCGCUCACCUGGCUACUUGUAUUAGCAACGAAUCUCCUGCAGACCAAUAACAACACUCGGCUGGGAAAAAUCAGUUUAUCAACUGUCAUGCUGAUUUAGAUAUUCAUUGGAGUAUUCCUAAGGUUAUUGUAGAGAAGAGAACCUGUUGGCUCUAUUUAUCUGCAAAAUGCAAUACUCUAAUUAAAAUCUGAACAAAAAUUAAGACUUUUGGGUUUGGAAAGAACUGUGUUUGGUGUAGUCCAGAAAAUAAUUCUUUCAAAUCAAAUAUGCCAUCGAAAAAUGUAUUUCUUCAUUUUCAUUACCAUUGUCGCCUAACAAAAAGAGAUUAGUCUUCACCUUGCCCAAAAAAUUAACUGCUGUAUGUACAGCUAUGUUCAGGAACAAAUAGUAUUGCAGACACAUAGGGCAAUAUUUAUAGUCUCCUAUGUCAAAUUUAGAAUUGGUUUCAUAUAUUAAUUUUAUGUUGGUUAACAGUUUACAGUUACUGACUUUUUCAAUCUAUGGCUGAUCCUCUGCCAUAUUGCAAUUGAAGUGAUGUUAACCUCUUUAAAAGUAACUGGGCUGCGAUGUUUACCUCUCCUGCAGGUAUUCAGCAGUCAAUGUUUUCUCUGAAUGUUUACAGUAUCUUCAAAUGAGUUUUAAGCCGAUCACAGGGAAGCAAACUUAUUUAAUUUCUGUUGACAAAUGUACACCAGCAAGCCAAGAAUAAAUCUGACCCCGUAAUCAGGAUAGGACUUCAUCCAGUUGUUGAUGAUAUCAAAGACUUGUGGCUAGUUUAUAAUAGUGAAAAAGGGAAAGAUUGAUAAUGAAUAUCAACUUAUUUUAUACAAGCGUAUAAGUAACGUAUAAGUAUACAGUGGUGAUAUUUUUUGUUUUCUCUUGGAUGAAGCAAAUAUUUGUUAAGGAAGUACUCAGAUGAAUGCAUGUAUGUAAAUCAUCAUAUAUGGACAUGUGAGAGAGGUCCUGUGUCUAAUUUGACAGCUUGGUGGCCUAUACUAUUAAUACAUAAAUAAUUGAAGAGGAUAAUAGUUUUAAAUGACACUGAUGUGCUCUAUUUGGAACCGAUAUUUGUGAAUCAUGCCAAUCUGUUGAACCAUUUCCUUAUAUUUACAAACAUGUAUGAUUUUCCAAUGACAUUUUCUGCAGCUGAUGUUUUUGGCUUGAAGGUUAGGAUUGUAUAUAUCAAAAUGAAUGUCUUUAACCUUUCAUCAAAGAGCCUGCAGUUGAUGGUGGCGUUUUUAAAUGGCAAAGAUUUAUUUGAAAAUGUAUCUGUGUUACUAUUAAAUAACUCCAAUAUUAUUUUCACUAUAGUGAUGUAUCUUUAACUCAUUCACCCCUAAGGUUUUAUAAUGAUAUUCCUUUGAACUGAAAGAGUUCAGAUGUGUCUUCAGGGGUGAAUGAAUUAAUGAAAUGACAAAAUACACUAGAUACUGUAAUUCAUCCAGUUUUCAUGAAUGUUUAAUAUGUAAAAUAAAAUUGCUUGAACUCAUUCACCCCUGAAGACCCAUUUGAACUCUUCCAAUUCAAAUAUUUGAAUAGUUCAUUAUGAAACUUCAGGGGAUAAUGAGUUUAAUAGCUUGAAUAUUUGGAAGGAUUUUCAUUCAUAAAAUAAACCGAAACAGAAAUACAUUGAUUGGUAAAAAUGUGUGGGAAUAAAUGUUGGUCACCUCACACACUUCAUGAGAAAAUAUUUAUCUCACUAAAAGAAAGUGUUUUACAGUAGUAUCUAGAGCCCUGUUUUUUAUGAAUAAUUAAACUGUGAUAUUUUCCUUGUAUUAAAUGCUCUUUGCUUCAAGUUUGUAUUCUUGUAAAACAUUGUUUCUUUUUAUAAAAUUGAUCAUGAUCCAUUCAUAAGAGAUUUUUAACUUUGAGGAAAUGUUUUUGUUAAGAUUUCAUUGUAAAAUUGAAAAUUGAAAAUUCAAACUUUUAAUUUAUUUACACUGCUAUUUUUUUUCUUUCUUUUGUCAUUUGUUUAGAAAGUGCAAAAAUUCAAUACUUUUUUAGGAAAUGAGUUAAAAAAAAAAAGGAAAUCUUUCUUCUCCAUCAAACAUUGGAGUAAAAUAAAUAAAUAUGAUUUUGUUCAACAUAGAAAAGUUAGUUAUAAGUAAACGAAAAUGUAUAUACAUCUUGUUUAUGUACUGAUCAUAUAUAUGUGACCAGGAAAUGAUGAUAAUGUUUGUACCUGUAUCUGUUGCGUAGUUAGAUUAGAUUUGUAUGUUUGUAGAAAAUAUUGAACUUCUUUUUUGAAUAGUUUGCCAUAAACAUUGUCUUUGAUGCACUUUCUCCUAGUUAGUUAAGCCCAUACUGAGGAUGGUAUUCUCAACUCUUUCACCCCUAGGUUUCUUGAGUGGGCUCUACCAUAAAUUCAUAUGGACUAGUCCAUUAUGGUUUACAGUGGUGAAAGGGUUAAUAUUAUCAACAUUUUCAAUGUAAGUUAGUGGAUAUUUGUUCUUUUCUGUUUUUGAUCUACAAUGUUCUCUGUCUUUAUUUUAAGAAGAACUAAAGUGUACACACUAUCUACACUAGGGCCAAAACAAAUACAUGUAUAUGUGUUUCAUAUUUUCCUACCUACAUGGAAAAAAUCACUGCACCUGAAACAUUUUAUAGACAAAAUUUAGAAAUUGGAUUUAAGUGGAUCCAUUUAAUAAUAAUCCACUGAUAAUAAUCGCUGAAGUGCAUUCCAAGUAAACACUAUAUUGCUUGUUAAAAUGUUUGGUGUUUUUUUUUCAUUUUACAUGUAUGAUAUCACUUACCUACGGUCUGAUAAAGACUUAAAACAUUUUGGGGGAGAGAAAAAAAUGUUUUUACCAGCUAGCUAUGUGUACUCAAAAUCCUAAUGGAAUAGGCAACAUGCUUAUGAUUUUAUUUGGCCUAAGUUCAAUGUACAUGUAUAUAUACCCUAGCACUAUGUAUACAUGUCUAGUAUGACAUACAGGCAAAAUUCAAGGUUUCCACUUUCCAUAGGUUAUAAAAGACUUAAAUAUAUUUCUUACUAUGAUAUAAUAUGAUUUUAAUCAUUCAAUUGUUGAAAAAAACAUAAGCUGUCAUAAUUUUGUUCAAGAUUCCUUGUAUAAUCAAAAGUGUACAUGGUCAUGCCAUAUUUUGUAUGCAAUGUAUAUUUCAUCUACAGCACAUCAUCUCCGUGUUCCACUUAUACCGGUAGUCCUAAUUGUUGUGGAAAUGGAGGACUAUAACACGGCAUUUAUAAUGUCUUACGGUGCUAUCAUCAGAUUCCUCAACUUAUUCAUCCCUGAAGACACAUUUCAACUCUUCCAUUUCAAUGGUUGGAAUAGUUUAUUAUGAAAUUUCAGGGGUGAAUGAGUUAAAUAUUCAUUAGGGGGGAAUUAAGUGGUGAAAGGUCCACAACAUUUCAUUUCAGAAAAUUAUGCCAAAGGCUUGCAUUGUUUAUAAAUCCUAAGAAGCAAAGAAUACUACAUAAUUCACUCUGAAGUUUUCAUUAGAUCAUGCACAUUUGGAAAUCUGAUUUAUCAUGUUAAGUUCCAUUUGCUGAUCAACUAUUCAUUAUGUGCCAUAUAAUCAAACUGAACAUAUCCUUGUGGUUCUUAACUUGCUACCACAAGUUUUAUAUCUUACCACAAGUUUAUAGCUCACAGAAAGUUUAACGUUACUCUGUGGUGUGGUUGCCGUAAAAAAAAAUGGUUAAUAUUCCAGACCUUUUUUUGUAGGAUUUGGGGUUGGAGAUUGGGUGGGGUAAUGCCAUAUUGAGCAUAGAAAAUAUCUCAAAUGGAUGAUGAAGAUUAUUUGAGUUACCGAAUCUGUAUCAGUACCUAAAAACUUAUCAGCUAAUAGAGAUUGUGUUUGGGGAUACAUUGUUACAAUAAUUCUUUGUUGUCCAUAUAAAUGGUAAAAGUUGAUAUUUUAUGUGAUAAAAUAACGAUUUAUAAAUAGUAUUUGUAUUACUGUCUUACCCUUUUACCACUGUAGACCAUAAUAGACUCAUCCAGAGCAAUGCAUGGGAGAGUCUACUAAAGUUGCAUAGGGGUGAAAGGGUUGAGGGUUACUUGGCUGUUUUGGUAGUGGUUAAAAGGUUGGACCAAGGUCAUUGAGUUUUGUAGUGAAGCAAUAUAUACAGUGUGCUGCUGUGUUAGAUACACACACAAAUGUGUUCAAGGACAUUUCUCAUAUACACUGCUCUGUGUUUUAUGUACCAAAAGUCUGAUAUUUAGGGGGAAACAAAUGUUAUUAUUACCUGGAAGCCUGAUCAUCUCAUCUGUCAUUUUACAGAGUAAAACCUGGGUACAAAUUGGUGUUCGGUACCAAACCAACAAUUUAUUUAUUUUUUCUGAAGAGAAAACAAUUAUCAGUUACCAUUGUAUGGGGGUAUUCUCGCAGGCAUACGCUACCUUAGAGGUUUUAUCUGUAAUUUGUGUUGGAGAAUUGGAGUUGUUUCCAUUAGGUGUGGUAUCUAAUUUUUAGCUCACCUGGCCCUUAUGGUCUACCAUUAUUUGGACUUCAAAUUAUUAUCAGUGUCAAAUACCUCAGAUUUAUGAAGAAUCUUUGAAGUAUUGUGAUCACUACAAACAUGAAGAUAUACCUUUCAAAUACGUCAAACAUUUCAUUAAUUAUUUCAAAAUAUCAGAUACAUGAACAUUUUUUGAAAGGUUUCGAGAUUUGUGUCGCAAAAAGGUAGCAUAUACCCUUAACAUUUAUGGGAUACAGUCCAAAAUUCAACAAACUUUUAUUGAAGACAUUGCUAUUUCCUGUUACCACAUUAAGGUGAAAGAUGUAAAUUAUCAACACUUUGUCCCUAUUUCCAGAAUCAUUUUUGGUUUCUGUUGGUAUACAAGAAGAUCCUGUGUCAAAGAGUCAGAAGAAAAUUUUGCUUGAAACACGAAAAUUCCUUUGGUGUUCAUGAUAGUUUAGAGGAUUUAUAUUUACCAUUUGAUACAUUCUGUAUUCAGCUCAAUGUAUAUUGAGAUUAUAAACUUGUGUCACAAAAAAAUACAGGUACUGGUAUGGAUUGAGUUCUUUGUGUAACAUACAGUAGUUGUGAUGAAUUCAAACUAUUCACUUAUGAAAACCCAAAAAAUAAAAUUGGGAAAGUAUAGCUGUGCAUGACUGUAUUUUUUUCUUGUAAUCACUUGUUUUUUCCUAAGUAGAUUCUAUGGAGUUUUUUACUUGUAGGAUGUGCAUGAUACCAUUUAAUCUACUCUAUGGAAUCGAAACAUUGAUUAUAUAAAAAUGUCAUUCCUAUAUUGUUGACCACUGGCAAUUUCAACUCCAAUCUUUUCACAUGAUACUGCUAAGUGCUUUUUGAAGACCAACAAGUAAUAUGGUGAUAUAUUAUAUCAAAAGUUGCCUCAAUCUAUUUUCAUUUUCAUUUAUUAUAUAUAUGAAGCCAUUGACAUUUUAAAAUGUCUUUUUUUUCCCAUGAUAACCCAUAUAUAUUACUGAAGUGUUGAUUCUUACAUCCUAGUUAUAAGGCUCUGGCCUUUUGAUCUGUUAAUAAAAAUGUAUAGUUCUGUUGUUGCAAGUAAACUGUUGUUACAACUUC